CCAAUAGGUUUGUGCAUGAGCUGGGGUGGCCCUCAUUACAGAACUUUUGAUGGACAAUACUAUACUUUCCAAGAAAACUGCACUUAUGUUUUGUUCCAAGAAAUCAUCCCAAGAUACAAUAUCAGUGUCCAUGCUAAAAAAUACAAUUGUGAUGUUAAAAAUAAUCUCACCUGCCCUGUGUAUGUGAUUCUUUACAAAUCCUACAAUAUCACGCUGACCUGCAAUCAUGCAGAGAUCCAUGUCUAUGUUAAUAAUGACAUGAAGAAGCCAACAUAUGUAAUCGAUAACAUUAUAAUCACCACGACUGGCAUGGAAGUGACUGUGAACAUCUCUGAAAUCAAAACUGAGAUUAAGGUCAGAGAAUUAAAUUUCGAAAUCACACUCCCAUUCUCCUACUUCCAUGAUAAUACACAAGGACAGUGUGGGUAUUGUGACAACAACACCAGAAAUGACUGCAGACUUCCUAAUGGAAAAACUGACAAUUCAUGUGAGCACAUGGCACAGUUUUGGAUGGACCCAAAUUGUACUGUACCUACACCUACACCUACACCUCCACCUCCACCUCCACCAUGUCAUACAUCUACGCCUCACAACACUACUGUCUGUGAAAUCAUCAUGACUGUUUUUAACAGCUGCCAUGAUGCUGUUCCCUAUCAGGACUAUUAUAAAGCAUGUAAAUAUGAUGUAUGUACAAUGAAAAAUGAGUCUGCUGCCUGCGCUAGUGUGGAGGCCUAUGCACAGCUAUGUGGCCAAAACUCAAUCUGUGUAGACUGGAGAAGCUCACCUGUCCUCAAAGGGCUAUGUGUAUUCGACUGUCCCAGUUCAAAAAUCUACAAGGCUUGUGGACCCCCAGUGGAAAAAUCCUGCAGUGCAUCGUACAAUAAGAUGUAUGCAGAGAACAAAUGUCCCAGCGAUAAUUCAAACAAAACUGUCACAGAAGGUUGUUAUUGUCCUGAUGGUCAAUAUCGGGUUAAUAUGACAUCGGAUAUGUGUACAGCUUACUGCGAUUGCAUUGGCCCUGAUAAUUUACCUAGAAAGCCCGGAGACACAUGGACAGAUGAUUGUAACAUAUAUAAUUGCACUACUUCUGGCAUUCCUUUGAAAGAGCCUGUAAAGUGUCCAACUGAAAUGCCCUGUCCUACCGGAUACAACAGAACCGUUAAAGACUGUUGUCCAACUUGUGUGCAUAAAGAUGUCUGUGUGUACAAUAACACUGAGUACAAGGUUGGAGAAGUCCGCCAUUACACAUGUGAAACUAUUACUUGCCGUCAAAUUAAUGGCUCGUUUGUGGCUGAGAAGAUCUCUGAGAAUUGCACUAACUCGGGUCCAAGUGACUGUAAACUUGGCUAUGAAUAUGUGAAACAAAAAGAGGACUGCUGUGGAACAUGUGUACAGAGGAACUGUACUUACAUGAAAGACAACACUACAUAUAUGAUGCCGAUUGGAGAAGUCCACAUUUACAAGUGUGAAAAUGUUUCCUGUCAGAAAAUUGAUGGCAGGCCUGUGACUGAGAAGAGCUUUGGGAAAUGCACUUACUUGAGUCAAAGUGACUGUAAACUUGGCUAUGAAUAUGUGAAACAAAAAGAGGAUUGCUGUGGAACGUGUGUACAGAGGAACUGUACUUACAUGAAAGACAACACUACAUAUAUGAUGCCGGUUGGAGAAGUCCACAUUUACAAGUGUGAAAAUGUUACCUGUCGUAAAGUUAAUGGCUCGCCUGUGAUUGAGAAGAGCUCUGACAAGUGCACUUACUCAAGUUCACUUGACUGUAAACUUGGCUCUGAAUAUGUGAAACAAGAAGAGGAUUGCUGUGGAAUGUGUGUACCAAGGAACUGUACUUACAUGAAAGACAACACCACACAUACAAUGCGGGUUCAAGAAACAUACAAGUUUAAUUGUACAACUGGUACCUGCAAUAAAAUUAAUGGCUUGCUUAUGAUUGUGGAGAGCAUUAAAAAAUGCCCGGACUUCAAUCCAAAGGACUGUGUGCCUGGAACAUUAAAAUUGGACACAGAUGGAUGUUGCCAGAUCUGUGAAAUCAGCAACUGUGUCCUUGAGAAGAAUAUCACCCGUCUACAUGUCGAUGGUUGCACUUCUGUCAAAGAUGUAGAAGUUACAUCCUGCACUGGCCACUGUGACAGUAAAUCGAUGUAUUCGAUGUACACAAACAAUAUGAUGCAUAACUGUUCCUGCUGCAAGGAGAAUGAAGUGACCACUGAAGAAGUGAUGCUGCAGUGUCCCGACAGCACUAAUAUCGAGCAUAAAUACAAAUACAUUAAGAGCUGCACAUGCACUCCAACUAAGUGUAUAGACCUUUGAAUAAAAGACCCUGCUUGACUGCUGAUUUGAACAUGACUCAGUAAUCUGGCACAAUAAGAAAAUUAUUUCAAAUAUAUAUGUCCAUAAAUGACAAUAGCGAUGAUUUAAGAUGAUUGUUACAAUGCAUUAAUGGCUAAAGGUAUUUUGAAAAAAUUUUGCACCAUUUAUUUUUUUCCUGUGUGGUUUCAUCUAGGGGUAUGGUUAACUCUCAACGGGGGCAUUUUUUAUUUUAAUUGUUACAUUCUUUGGUAAUGCAUGAGCUUAUUCUGUACUUUUCUUUCCAAUUAACUGAAUUAAAAUCACAAUAAAGCAUAAUAA